UCUUCAUAGGAAAAUUUACCAUUUUUUCUCAGAUAUUCCUAUAUAGUUAUACACACACGAAAUUUGCGAUCGCGUUUUAAAAAAGAAGCAAGUGUUUUUUUUUGCAAGCUUUCUUCUCAAAGUGGUUUAAAACGAAAUUAAUUAAAAAUGGCAUUAAAACCCAAGGAAUCUAUAAACAAGAAUUGGUGUAACACACGUAGUGAGAUUAUAGAAGAAAAUUGUAAAUGGAUCAUAAAUGAUUUUAGCGUUUGUUGCCAAUUAAUAGAUGAAUGGAAAUCCUCAACAUUUUCUUCCAAUGUUUAUGACGAUUUCAAAUUCUCUUUAUGUAUUAUACGUGGUACAAAUAAUAUUUAUAAAGGGUAUUUAUUAUGUAUAAAUCCCUUUAAAAUUAUGAACCCAAAAUACAAAUAUAAAUUUUCUAUAUUAAACGAAAAUCAAGAAGAAUCAUAUGUAAAUACGGGCACUCUAACUUUCAAUAAUAGUAGUUCAUAUCAAAUUGCUGAGAUUUAUGAAUCAUUUAUAUUGAAUAAAGAUAAUCUACUAUUACCCCGGGACCAGUUGACAAUAUGCUUUGAAAUAAGUACUUUGGUAAAAGUAAUUAAUAUUUCUAAUCAAACAGAUAUGUUGCCAAAAUCUACUUUAAGCAAAGAUCUUGUUAAUAUUUUUAAAAGUGAAAAAUUCCCUGAUGUUACAUUAGUUGCAGAUGGAGAGGAAUUUUAUGUAAAUAAAGUUAUAUUGGCCGCACGAAGUGAAGUAUUUGACGAAAUGUUUGAGCUUGAAAUGCUGGAGAAUCGUGUUGAAAUAGCGGAUAUUGCAUCAAACGUACUGCAGGAACUUUUGCGAUUUAUUUAUACCGACAAAGUGGAAAACCUAGAUGAAAUGGCUAAAUUUCUUUUGCCAGCAGCAAAUAAAUACGCUUUAGAAAGUCUGCAAAAAAUGUGUGAGAUCAAACUAAAGGACAAACUAUCGAUUCAUACAGCAGUUGAAACUUUAUUGUUUGCCGAUCUUUAUACUACAUUUGAUUUAAAAGCAUCUACUUUGGUAUUUAUAAAUACACAUGCUACUGAAGUUAUGAAAACUCAGGAUUGGAAAAAUAUGAUCAAAACGCAUCCAAAUUUAAUUACUGAGUUAUAUGAAAUGUUGGCAAAAAAUAAGUUUAGCAAUUAAACUAAACUCCAAGAAAACUUCGAAAAACGAAAUGAAAUAAAAGCAAGCAAAAGGAAAAUUUUAAAAUAUUUGAUACCGAGAGGGGUGAAUUACUUUUUUUUUAAUAAUUGUUAGUUUUAAGUUAAUACUUCUACCAAUAAAUACUUUAUAAUUAAAUAAAA